GUGAAUAUGGCUAUGAAUUUCGAAUGAGGCUCCUGAUCUCCUCCUUGGUAGUGGUGACCCAGCAGGAUAAAACCCGAUCAAGCUGUCUUUCUCACAGCAAAACUUCGACCCAACAACCACCCCACCAGCACUAGAUCAGAUCCACAGCUACAUACAUCGGCCAACCCACCUCCGACACUUUCCUCAACAAACGACGAGCAAACGAGAAGAUGCCCUUCGGACCAACUUACGAUAUCAUCAACACUCUCGCUAGAUGGAGUCUCAACUCCUACUUCCACACCAUCACUAUCUCUAACCCUCAUGAAGUCCCUCCAACUGGCCCCGUCAUCGUCGCCGCAAAUCACUGGAACAUGACCAUCGAUCCGGCGAUGUUGUCAAGUAGAAUGCCUCAUGGAAGACGGUUACAUUAUUGGGCCAAAAACACUCUGUUCAAGAACCCGAUCAUCAACUUCAUCUUACUCGAUGCUGGCAACAUUCCUGUCGAUCGUACCACUCGAAAUAAUCAGUUGUUAUUCAAAGGGACAUUCGAUGUCUUGAAAUUGGGCGAAUGUGUGGCGUUAUUUCCGGAGGGUACGAGUUACACAGAACCGAAGAUCAUCCAAGUAAAAGAUGGAAUAGCCUGGACGGCCUUAGAGUAUGCGAAGAACCUCCGGCUGACGGGGCAAGAGUUAUCCGGAUCGGAGGGGACAGCGGGAGGAUUGCACCGAGCGCCGGAAGCGGUGGAGGAUGUGAAAGUGAUAGUCUGUGGGCUGAAUUACACGGACAAGACGCGCUAUCGGGCGGCCGUGCAGGUCGAGUAUUCGACCCCCAUCACCUUGGACCCCACCGUGGUCGAGCGCUUCAUGACGGCGGGCGAGGAGAAAGCGGCGGUCAAGCUGCUCAUCAAGGCCAUCGAGGCCCGGCUCAGAUCGGUCACCGUUAAUGCCGACGAUUGGGAAUCGCUGUGGACCGCUCAGAUCCUCAGACAGUUUAUCUGGCCUCUUGACGGAUUGGGUCCGCUCCAUCAUUACCGACAUAACAUGCAACAAUUAGUCAACAUUAUGUCAAUAAAAGAAGAUUCACCACCGACGAUCAAGAAUUUCCGGACCGAUCUAAUCGAAUAUUACCGUCAACUGACGGCAGUAGAUACCACUCAUCUGGAGUUUGUGCAGGUCUUCCCAACCCGUGAGGCGCGCGCCCGCUUGGCCAUCGAAGCAGCCCGAUGUCUCUGCAUCUGGCCCUUCUUCUGCCUCUUCGCUUUGGCCCAUCUGCCUGUCUAUAUCGGCGCUUACGUCGGAUCGCGGCUCCAACCGGAUGAGCCGGAGAGUAUGGCCCAAAACAAGGUAGUCUUAGGCCUAUUCUCAGGCCUAGCGAUGGUCCCGAUCUACGUGACGAUGAUAGUGCGAAUGUUAGUAGCGGAACAAGAGGAGCGAGACUGGACGCGGCUGAUGGUUGGGACGAUGGUAGGCCUUGGGAGUGUGAUAGUGAUGCAUGUGGUGCAUGAUGGGAUGAUAGACGGGGCCUAUGGGGCCUGGAAGCGAUUGCGUACUUGUUGGAGGUUGAAGGAGGACCGAUUGGACGAGCUUUGGGACCUCCGUGAGCGCUGUCUUGAGGCUUGGACGGCCCUCGAAAUCGAGCUCCGGACUCAAAAUCAUCCCGCCUUCACUAGUCUUCUCGCCUCUCAUCAUUCGUCCCUCUCUUCGUCUUCGAAAUCUCUUGCCCCCUCCUCCAGUCCCAUCAACUCUUCUGAUCGUAUCCUCAAUCAUCUUCCCGUCGAUCAUGAUCUUAUCUUGGAUCCUCCCGUCGACGAAAAGUCUCUCCUCAGAUGCAAAAAGACCCUCUAAUCAUCUCUCUCCUUCUUCUUGCCAUCAUCUUUUUAUAAAUUUAUUUAUUGAUCCUUUUUUUCUUUUUGUGAGUCCCUCCUGAUAUUAUUCUAUGCAAAUCGUGAACACUUUCCAAAAGAGAAACUACGCUUUUUAGGUUAUCCCUGCAAAUUGUACUUCUUUAUCAUAAUCUGUGCCCUCUGGCCCUCCCCUCCUGUUUCCUCUUUAUCUUUCCUUACCUUAUUUUCCGGGUUAGUUCACCUCUCUCUCUCUUCAACAAUUUACAAUUAUAACUAUUUAUAUAUAUAUAAAUGAGUGACUAAUUAACCAAUCUUGUAGCUAGCAUACACCUCUAACUUAUCAUCUUUUACAACAAAAACAAUAUACAUAUAUAUAUUCUAUAGAAUUAUUUAUUAUUCAUCUACAUAAAUUAUUAUUUUUUGAUCAAAAAGA